AUGGCGGACGAGGUGAAGACGACUGUCCCGGGCGUGGAGCUCGUCUCAGGCAGCAUCAGCCUCCCGUCGACGGCGACGAACACGCUCGAUGAACCCGUCUCGGCUACUAUCCUCCGCGACCUGCGGCUCGUCGGGGGCAAGCUACGCGUCGUGCUUAUGCCUAGCAAUACGUCAGAAGAGACGCUCAAGGCACUGCGGGACUGGGAUCUAUGGGGACCGUUGCUACUGUGUCUGACGCUCUCCAUAAUGCUGAGCGUGACAGCUCCUGCAGCCCAAUCAGCUAUGGUGUUUACAGGUGUCUUUGUGGUGAUCUGGAUGGGAGCUGCAAUCGUCACUGUUAACGCGCAAUUGCUGGGCAGCUCCAUAUCGUUCUUCCAGAGCGUGUGUGUGCUAGGGUACUGCGUGUUCCCGCUGAAUAUCGCGACGCUCGUGUGUAUGCUGACAAGAGUCGCGAUCUCGCACAUUCUGCUGCGUGUAUUCGUCGUUGGCGUGGGGUUUCUCUGGUCUACACGAGCGUCGGUCGUGUUCAUGUCGAAGUUGGUGCCGCCGAAGCGAAAAGCGCUUACGGUGUACCCAGUCUUGCUUUUCUACCUCGUUAUCAGCUGGAUGGUGCUUAUCCAGUAA